AUGAGACCCUUUACAAGUCGUCCCCCAAUCAUUCGGAUCGCCAAUGGCACCUUCUAUCGCCAUCAUCCAAACGCUACAUCAUCACGUCCAAAUCCUCCUCUUUUCAGCGAUUUGAGUUUUGAGCUGGCCUCUACAUCAAACUCACCUCGGAAUUGGUGCAUUGUUGGUCCAUCUCUGUCGGGGAAAACGACGUUCUUACAGGCUCUGAAAGGAAGAUUCCUGUGUGAUCCACCUAUUGCAAGAUCCUAUCCAUACCUUGCUACUGAAGAUGUCCCCAAACGUUUACGCACGCCACAAAAUGCCAUUCAGUAUGUCGGUUUUGACGCGGAGCAGACUGGUGGUGGUCUAGGUGGUGGGGUUGCUACAAGUGCAUACUUAUCAGCAAGAUAUGAGUCUAGGCGUGAGAUCACGGACUUUUCUCUCAGGGACUUUCUUUUAGGGAACACAGAGCUGAAUCCCAUGAAAACGGAAGGCGAUGACGAUGCUUCCAUAUCAUCCGGACUGUUGUCUCGGGUUGUCAAGGAUUUGAGGCUGGAGAACCUCCUUGAUCUCCCGGUUUCAUUCCUUAGCAAUGGUCAGGGUCGAAGAGCGCGUAUUGCUCGUGCUCUUCUUACCAAACCAGAAGUAUUGUUACUCGACGAGCCUUUUAUGGGAUUGGAUCCCCCUACAGUAUCAGGACUGAGCCCUUUACUACAUUCACUAGCUGAGAAGGCCAGCCCCCGUCUUGUUCUGAGCGCGAGGCCACAAGACCCCUUACCUGAUUGGAUCACUCACUUGGUAUAUCUGAGAACCGACUGUCAAGUGGGUUCAAUGGGUCCUAAGGAAGAGGUCCUAGACGGUCUAAAAAAAUACGUUCGUGGUGUUCGAAAGGGUGGUCUUGUUGAGGAUGAGAAACUGCCGCUCCAUUCACUUGUGGACAUUGGCCGUGUGUUACCUUCAGUCGCCUCUACAGAAGCCUCGGAUCAUACAGGGCAAUCAUCAUAUAAGGAGCUUGAACCGAGAAAUCCCAACGCUGAGCCUCUCGUUGAGAUGGAUGGUUGCAAGGUCCAGUAUCGCGGAAAGGUUGCGUUGGGUAACUGGGCGCAGCAAACUGCUGAUGGUUCUCAGGACGGUUUGAUUUGGACGGUUCGACGUGGCGAGCGUUGGGGUGUUUUCGGUCCUAAUGGAUCAGGCAAAACGACUAUUGUGUCACUACUAUGCUCUGAUCACCCUCAGUCUUAUUCCCUUCCCAUUAGGUUAUUUGGAGGAUCCCGUCUUCCUGAGCCUGGCUCUGGUAAACGACCGCUCACAUUCUGGGAUAUCCAAUCAAGGAUUGGACAUUCCAGUCCCGAAGUUCAUCAGCAUAUGCCUCGAAACCUGACUAUACGCCAGGUCAUCGAGAAUGCAUGGUCAGACACAUUCCGCGCAAAGCCAAAGUUGGAUGACACUGCGAAGGAAAAGGUUGAAGCUGCUCUUCAGUGGUUUGCACCUGAGUUACACCCAAGUUAUUCUUCAGUGUCUCAUGAGAACCUUGCUUGGGCAGAUGAUUAUAUGUUUGGCGGUCUCUCCUUCAGUGCCCAACGAGUUGCACUCUUCAUCCGCUCCAUGAUUAAGAGCCCAGAUGUCGUGGUACUUGAUGAAGCAUUCAGCGGUAUGGACGAUGCGGUACGGGACAAAUGUACGCUAUUCCUUGAACAAGGAGAGGCAAAGACAUGCCGAGGCGAAGAGAUCGUCGAGAGUGACGCCUCAAAGUCCGGUCAAGUUAAGAUCUCAGGUCUCUCUGACCAACAGGCGUUGAUUUGCAUCGCGCAUGUUAAGGAGGAGGUUCCAGAUGUCGUCAGGGAGUGGUUGUGUCUUCCUGAGGCUAACACGGGAAAGGCAGCGAGAUUUGGAAGACUCGAUGGUCCAUUGAGGACUGAUGAGAAGAGAUGGCAUGAAGUUUGGGGUUUCUAG